UUUUUUUUCUCCGUAUUUUUUUUUAUUUCUUUUUAGUUAAAUUCAACAUGAAAGACGAUGCCAUCUUAUUAGAUCAUGAUUUAAACGAUAAUACAUCAAUACACACAAAGAAACGACGUAUGGAAUAUACCAACAAGGAAAGCAUUACAGCCACAAUGAUCAAUCCAUUGUACCAACAAAGGUCCUUUCAAGUAGCACCUGAUUUCAAUUGUUCUGCUGUUAUAGAUCCUCAACUUGCUUCUGACUAUUAUUUAUCCAUGACCAUGAAUUCUUAUCGUUGUCAGUUAUCACAUUUAUUACAACAUACUAAAGCUGUGGUGUUAUUCUUUUAUGGAAGGGAUUUUACUACGGUUGCAGGAUCAGAUCUCAUGUCUAUUAGUGCGAAUAUAGAUCGUUUCAAACAACAAGCUGCCAUACCUCUUGGUCUUUCCAUCGAUACUGAACAAGUACAUCAAUCUUAUUUACAAUAUCAUCAACAACAAUAUCAACAAAUUCUACCUUUUCCAUUACUAUCAGAUCCAACUCGAUCCAUUGUUAGACAUUUUAAUAUAUUGAAUAAAAAUACAUCUGUAGCUGAAAGAGCUGUGUUUAUUAUCGAUCGAUCUCGUCAAAUUCAAUUCUCAUUUGUACUUGGUGAUGAUAGGAUACAUCAUUCAAUGGAUACUAUUAUGACAACUUUACAGAUGCUACCUACCACCUAGAUGACAUAAAAACUAUAUUAUAGAAACUAUGAAUUUAUCUUGGAUAGAUUUACAAAAUAUAUAUUAGAAUCAUGUAGUUUGACAAUACCAUAAAAAAAAAGACAAUAAAG